AUGGAAGAACAGUUAGAGAGUCAUGUUCUGGGGAUCGAGCAGGGGCAGGAAGAGCUGAGUAAUCAGAUGAAGAAGAUAUUGGACCUACUUCUAAACAAAGGGAAGAUAGUCCAAGAUCGAGAUCAUGAAGAAGAAAAUGACCCUAUCCACCCUCUCGGUUUUACGCCAAUUCAUGGGCAAUCUUCCGAUCCACCGCGAUUCACCUUGAAGAAACCGCCGCAUGGCACGCCGCCUUUUAUCCCAGUGGUGACAAGAAUUGCGGGCAUAGGGACAAGCAAGACCAUGACGGAAUACCUUUGUGACGAGCUGGAAGAGCAGCUAAGGGCCAUAGAGGGGACUCGGGCCGCCAGUACCGCCAGACCCUUAGAUUAUUGCUUGAUGCCUAAUGUAGUCCUUCCUCCAAAGUUUAAUAUUCCAGACUUUGAGAAGUUUGACGGGACCACAUGCCCUCGGACCCACCUUCAGAUGUAUUGUCAGUCGAUGGCCGCCUAUACCAAUAAUGAGAAGUUGAUGAUGCAUUGCUUCCGAAGCAGUCUUACCGGGACAAUGGCUAGAUGGUAUGUCCAGCAGAAUAAGGCCCAGAUCCGUACGUGGGGUCACUUGGCCGAUGCCUUCGAAGCGCAAUAUCGUCAUAUCUUGGAAAUGGCUCUGGACAGGAUGUCUCUUUCUGAAAUGGAGAAAAAACCAAUAGAAACUUUCAGGAAGUAUGCACACCGUUAG